GCGCAGCGUCAAAGUUUAGAACUUUAGCGCGCGCGGUAUAUAAAGCCAUGGAAUUCUGUGGAACAUUUUGUGGGUUUGUAGUAGUGGUCGAAAACGCGAGUUUUGUACGGAGUCAUGGGACAGCGAAUUUCUCGGGUAACGCCGGUGAAUGAUGGCGAGGUGUACAACCACCAUCUCAGUACACCCCCUACACCCGUAACCGACAGGGCGGAGCAACACCAUCCUCAUCCUCGCGAUGAGCCGCCUGUCGAUGCCGGUGAGGGACUCGCCCAUAGGAGGGAGGAGGAGGAGGAGAAGAGUAGGGAGGCAUGGAGUGAGGAGGAGGAGGAGGAGAAAAAGAGGAAGAAGAGGUUCUGGAGGCUGCCCUCUUUCCUCAAAGCUGCCAGAAAUCGCCUCAGAUUGAUCCGCCUGGGUCAAACUCAGGUGCAGCUUAUUGAGCCUCCAUCGCCAGCCAGCAGCACUAAUGAUAACAUUAUGUGCCACUACGAGCUUGGUGAUCGUCUGGGGGUUGGUGGGUAUGGCGUCGUUCAUGAAGCUAGCCGCGUGGAGGAUGGCCUUAAGGUGGCAGUGAAAGACGUCAUGAAGACCCACGACAUGGAAUAUCUAACUAUUCCUGACCAUCCCAACCCCUUGCCUUUGGAGAUCGCCCUCACACUCCUGGCCAACAAGGGACCCAGCGCGCCAGGGAUUAUUCAGCUGCUGGACUGGCAGGAACAACGUGACAGCUACGUCAUGGUCCUCGAGUGUCCGUCGCCCUCCGAGAACUUGGUUAGUUUCUUGGAGGGCCACGGAGGCAGGCUAGAAGAAGGUUUAGUUCGGCACAUCAUGCGGCAGGCAACGCAGGCAGCUCAAGACGUGUUGUCGCCAGGUGUAUUUCACGGCGACAUUAAGUUGGAAAACUUCAUCGUGAGCAAGGACACCCUGCAGGUCAAGUUGAUUGACUUUGGGUGUGGGGACCUCCUGAGAAAGUCUACCUACACGACAUUGUACGGCACCAUGGAGUACUACCCUCCUGAGUACAGGAUCAAGGGCAAGUACCAUGCGAAGUCUGCAAUGUCGUGGUCUCUCGGGGUCACCUUGUUCACGAUGCUGUGCGGCCGUUUUCCAACUGAGGAGGACCUGCAGAAGACCGAACUAAACCUUUGGUCUGAGCCUGCGCUAUCGAAAGACUGCUGCCGUUUGAUCUGCAGCCUCCUGCAGCAGAAACCACAGCGGCGGCUCAGUCUGGGGAAGAUCCUUCAUCACGACUGGUUUAAGAUCUCCAUAUAACCCCAGACGUUUCCAGAGUCUCCUGUCAGCUUUGCGUCUUGCGGGCUGGCAGAGAGGCUUUCCAUCCCUCCGUGAAGCCUUUGCGUCUUGCGGGGCCGGCAGGCCAUGCUUGCGUCUUGCGGCAUGACCUGAAGCAGCAGUACUUGCGUCUGGCGGUACUGCUCGCUUGGGGAUGUGUACAUAUGUAUAUAGUUUUUUCUCAGAGCCUUCAUUGUUAAUAGAUUGCUGCCGUUUGAGCCUCCUCCAUCAAGCGGUGACUCCUUCUGGGGAAUAUCCUUUACCACGACUGGCUUCAGAUCUCCAUAUAAGUCGUGGAGAAUGGAGCUCCAACCCCAGACAUUUCUAGGGUCUCCUGUCAGCUUUGCGUCUUGCACCAUGACCUGAAGCAGCAGUAUUUGGGCCUCAAGGCCAUCUUCUCUCAAAACCUCUCUCUCAAGACAAAUCUUUGAUGUCCCAGAGGUUCCUGCUAUGGUACUCCAGGUGUCCCUGUCUUGCUGCCCUGGUAGCAGAACUUACU